AUCAAAACCGAAAGGGUAGAGGGAGCCAACUGGCUGCGACUGAGGCUAAACUCUCGGAGCAACGGGGGCUUGUGUGCUUUACAGGUAACCAUGGCGAUGACGGGCCAGACUUCCUGUUCCUCGAUGAGUAACCACACAAAGGAGCGCGUGACCAUGGCCAAAGUGACCCUGGAGAACUUCUACAGCAACCUGAUCGCCCAGCACGAGGAGCGUGAGAUGAGGCAGCAGAAGCUGGAAAAGGUGAUGGACGAAGAGGGCCUCGCUGAUGAGGAGAAACGCUUGAGGCGCUCCCAGCAUGCCAGGAAGGAGACCGAGUUCCUCCGGCUCAAGAGGACCCGGCUGGGCUUGGAUGAUUUUGAGUCCCUUAAGGUCAUCGGCCGUGGGGCCUUCGGAGAGGUGCGUCUGGUACAGAAGAAGGACACGGGCCACGUGUACGCCAUGAAGAUCCUUCGCAAGGCAGACAUGCUUGAGAAGGAGCAGGUGGGUCACAUCCGCGCGGAGAGGGACAUCCUGGUGGAGGCCGACAGCCAAUGGGUGGUGAAGAUGUUCUACAGCUUUCAGGAUAAGAUGAACCUCUACCUCCUGAUGGAGUUCCUGCCUGGAGGUGACAUGAUGACACUGCUGAUGAAGAAGGACACGCUGUCGGAGGAGGAGACCCAGUUCUACAUCGCGGAGACGGUGCUGGCCAUCGACUCCAUACACCAGCUUGGCUUCAUCCACAGAGACGUCAAGCCUGACAACCUACUGCUGGACUCCAGGGGCCAUGUUAAGCUGUCUGACUUUGGCCUGUGCACGGGCCUGAAGAAGGCCCACAGGACCGAGUUCUACAGGAACCUGAACCACAGCCUCUCCAGUGACCUCACGCUCCAGAACAUGAACUCCAAAAGGAAGGCCGAGACCUGGAAGAGGAACAGGCGACAGCUGGCCUUCUCCACUGUGGGAACGCCAGACUACAUCGCCCCCGAGGUCUUCAUGCAGAACGGGUACAACAAGCUCUGUGAUUGGUGGAGCCUGGGUGUCAUCAUGUACGAGAUGCUGAUCGGCUAUCCCCCGUUCUGCUCGGAGACGCCCCAGGAGACAUACAAGAAGGUGAUGAACUGGCGGGAGACGCUGGUCUUCCCCCCUGAGGUGCCCAUCUCCGAGAAGGCCAAGGACCUCAUCCUCAGGUUCUGCUGUGAAUGGGAGCACAGGAUUGGGGCCUCAGGUGUGGAGGAGAUCAAGAGCAACCCCUUCUUCGAGGGCGUGGACUACGACCAUAUCAGGGAAAGACCUGCCGCCAUCCCCAUCGAGAUCAAAAGCAUCGAUGACACGUCCAACUUCGACGAAUUUCCCGAGUCAGACAUUCUCCAGCCUACAGCAUCUGCAGUGGUUACCAACCACUCGGAAGCAGACUACAAGAACAAGGACUGGGUCUUCGUCAACUACACCUACAAGCGCUUCGAGGGACUGACAGCCCGGGGGGCCAUCCCCUCCUACAUGAAGACAGGGAAGCGAUAGACCAGCCCUGGCCCCUCCCAUCCAUCCUGCCCCGCCCAAUACCAUCAUCAACCUCCUUCUUCCCUGCUCCUCCACCUAUGAGGCUCACGAGGCUCCCCCCCACAACCGCAGAUUCAGCCCCUCCCCCGCUCCA